CAAGCGUCCGUGCAUAGCAUGUAUGGCAAAAUCCUUACGUUUACAUCAAGUGCUGGUUGUUAGAACGAUUUUUGGUGCAGUUUGUGAAAAAUAAAAUGCGUUCUAAAUAAUAAUUAAAUUAUCAUGGUAUAUUUAAUUAAUUUGUAAUUAUUUUGUGAAAAAGAUUGUACAAAUCAGUUUGGAGGAGAAAUUUUUGAGGUGGAGCUGGUUUUUCACGGUGAAUUUUGCCCGAGAAAAAGGGUGGAAAAUUUUUCCGGCAUUAAAACGUUUCACGGGGUGGGUUAUUGAGAGAGAAGAAAAAAAGCCAAAAUUGGCAUGAAAAAUUUCCAUAUCAGUGCUUAGAGGUGUGUGUGAUAAGUUUUAAACAAUGUACAAUGGCAUUGGGCUAACAACCCCACGGGGUUCCGGGACAAAUGGGCACGUCCAGAGGAAUUGGGCAUUUGUGCGUCCGGGAAAGAAGGAGUCGUCGUCCGUGACGUACAAAACAGACGAGGAUCUGGCUAAAUUGGAUGCGCAAUCCAAUAAGGGGCCCAAUCAGGAGAUUCUCGAUCAUGAGCGGAAGCGCAAAAUUGAGGUGAAAUGUGCAGAACUUGAGGAGAUUCUUGAGAAACAAGGAUUCCCCCUGAAUGAGAUUAUGGACAAAGUGGAUGCAUAUCGGUUGAAACUUCUCAAUCAAGGACGUGAAGAUGCGCCUCGCGAUGAAUUUGGGCGGAUUCAAGUCCGCGAGACUCAUCAAAUAGCUGCAGCGCAGCAGGAGAAAAAUGCAAAAUUGCGAGAAGCUUUUGGGAUUUCUGAAUACUUUAUGGAAGGUACGAGUUUGGAUCCAGAAAGACGAGCUAAGGAGGAUUUGGCAAAGAGUGUUGCACUCCAAGCGGAGUUGCUGGCACAAAAGCAGGUUGAUCGUCUAAGGAAUAAGAGGUACGCACUUGUGAAGACUCCGUCGCCCGAGCGAGAGGAACCCAAGGAAAAGAAGAAAAAGAAGAAGAAAUCCCGCGAUUUGUCUUCAAGUCCAGAGAGGAGGAAGGAGAAGAAGUCAAAAAAGUCCAAGAAGAAAAAGGAUAAAUCUAAAAAGAAGAAAAGCUCAAAGAAAACAAGAGUUGAAACACCAACGGAUUCAUCGGAUAGUGCAUCGGAUUCGGAUGAUUCAGACAGCGAGGAUGAUCGCAAAAGGAAGAGAUCUUCAAAGAAAGAAAAGAAGAAGAAAUCAAAGAAGAAGAAACGAUCAGAUUCUGAGGAUUCUAGAGAUAGUUCUCCGGAAGUCAGUAAGAAGCACUCAUCGAGGAAUCAUGACAAACGCCGACGUGAGGAGAUGGAUGAGAAGAAGGGUGAUCGCCGGGAGAAACGUGAGAGUCGUCGAAGGGAUCGUGAAUCAUACGAUCGCCGUGGAAAAUCACCGCGAUCGCGUUCGAAGGAGAAGAAAAAGUCUCCACGACGGGGAAGUUCUCGUCGAUCGAGGCAGAAGAGCGCAACACCAAAACGCUCAAAAUAUGAUCAGAAAUCAUCAACACCACCAUCACGAGAUCGCCGUCAGCGAUCCGUAUCUGAGGAUGGGAGGAAGAAGGGCAAUAAGAGUCGCCGUAGAAGUGUGACACCGGUGAAGGAUGUGCCGCGUAAGGUGUCAAGAUCACGAUCUCAGCAGCGUAGAGAGCGAUCGUCCCAGAGAAAACGAUCACGAUCGGUGCAGAAGAAUCGAUCGCGAUCACCACAGAGGUAUCGAUCACGAACACCUCAAGGAAAUCGCUCGAGGACUCCGCAGAAAAAUCGCUCCAGGACUCCGCAGAGGAAUAGAUCGAGGACUCCCCAGCAGAAGAAGCGUUCAAAGACUCCCCAGAAGAAUCGUUCGGCAUCUCCAGUACGAGGAAAACGUCGUUCUGUUGGGCGUGAUGUAUCGCGAUCACCACGACGUGAUCGCCGAAAUCGGACACCGAGUCCCAAAGUGUCCAAACGCAAGCAAGACUCUCGUGGCAGUAGUUCUCCUGCACGUAAAAUAACCCGCACGUCGAAUGAGAAAAAACGACGAUCUCCAUCACCGGAAUAUCAUCGUCGAGAUCGCACAGAUCGCAAUGAUCGUAGACGAACAAGAUCACCAUCACCCAAGCGAAAUGAUCGACAAGCUGACGAUACACGUUUCGACGCGAAAGCCUCAACAUCGAAGGCAAGAACAAAUGCUCGUGGAGACAGGCGGGGAUCUAAGUCACCAGCACGGCGAUCACGAUCACCAUCGAGUGGUUCAUCAGCACUGAGUUACUCACCGGCACGACGCAAUCCUGAACGGUACAAGGAUAUUCUACAACGAAAGGCAGACGAGAAGAAGGCUCAGGAGCAGCAGCAGCGAAGGAAUAAAGAAUCCCGAUCACCUGUGGGGAAGAAAUCAAGUCGCGGAAGAACACCGUCAAUUGAGAAAGCCACCACCGUCAGCAAGGAGACACGUUCACGAUCACGCGAACGCAAACGCAUGCCGAAUAAACCGGUAGUGAAGGUACAGACACUCCUAACGGAACGCGAUGAGAGUGCUGAUAGCACAGAGGAGGCACGUGGGUCACGUGAUUAUCCCGAAGCGGAGCUUUUUAUGAAGAAAAUGGAUUUGGAACCGAAAGACUUGGACAUGCUGAUUGCCCUCAAGAGUGGCUUAGCGGCAAAGGCAAAGGAGACAAUUGAGAAGAAACGUACAACGUCGGAAACGACAAAUGCAACACAAACAUCGCGUAUCCCCAUCAAUGUACCCCUUGUUGAGCCACAGCCAUCAAUUGCAGCGACAAGUGGGACGAAAUUGGUGGAAUUUGAGCAACGAUCAUCAUCAUCGUCCACCACAUCGUCCUCAUCGUCAUCCUCCUCAUCCAGCUCCGAGGAUGAUGAGCCACGAAAGGUGGUGGAGCAAAAGGUGGAGAAAGCCAAGAUUGUCAUUGCGCCAUUCAAGAUAAAUGAUCGUGCAUCGUCACCCAAAAGGAAGCCCGAGGAGAAAGUUGAACCAGCGCCGGUGGCACAGCAACAGGCACCACCAGUGCGGAAGAAUAGCCCAAUUCCGGCAAAGGUGUCAUCAUCACCUAAGCCCAAAGUUGAUUCAACAUCCGGGAGUGAACGUCCGGAGCAAGUUAGAAAAUCAAGGAGCCGUUCUAGAUCAUCCAAGAGAUCCCGCUAUUCGUCAUCAUCAAGUGGCUCAAGCAGCGGAAGCUCAGCGUCGAGCCGUUCAUCGCGCUCUAGUCGCUCUGGGAGUCGCAGCAGUAGCUCCCGGAGCUCCUCGGCCAGCUCCCGGCGAUCACGAUCGCACUCAACUGAACGUUCACGAUCACCAUCAAUUCCCCGACGUCGUGGAUCACCGAGUUUUCUCGAUCGGCGCAGGAUCACGAGCGCAAGGAAACGGCCAAUUCCAUACCAUCGACCAACACCGUCGAGCCCAUCGAGCGGAAGUAGCUACAGUACUCCGUUCAGUCGCAAUGGCUCCAGGAGUAAAAGUCGAUCCGCGUCGCCACACUAAUAAGUCUUUACUACUAACCCACAAAAGAAAAUGGCGCAACUAACAGCAAUCAGCAAUUUAACUGUGUUUAGGAUUGAAUGUUAAAAUUAUUAACAAAAUGAAAAUCAUAAAAGAAGUGAAAGUUUUCACUUUAUAAUAUUUAACACAAAAAAGAAAGAAAGAAAUCCUCUAUGUCCUAAAGCAUUCCCCCCACCAGGAUUCACAAAAAUUGUUUUUUUUUUGGCUGAAUUUUUAUUUUUCAAUUUAAACCAAAAAUAUAUAUUAACUCUUUAAAAUUAUUUUACACUGAAGCUCCGCCUUAGAAUAUGAAAAUGUGAAAUGUGAAUGAAUAAGAAGAAACUUAAUUUGAAGAAGAAGCUCCUAUUGGUUAAUCAAUUCGGCCAGUGUGUUUUCAUUGGUUAACUUUCGCUUACGAGGCUCAACUGAGUCAUGACGUAAUACGAAUGGGCCAAUGAGAACGCUUCGCAAGAAUUUAUUAGCCAAUUAACAAUCUUUUCUCCCAAAUAUAUUCUUCUUCUUAUUCAUUUAUAUUUCAAUCUGAUAUAAUUUAGUCUUGAUACGUUUCUAACCCUUAAAGAAUUCAAAAUUUUUAACUUCAAACUUUGUCUUUAAUUUUCUCUUUAAAAAAUGUUUUUAUUACAACGGACUUGAAGUAAUUUAACUAAAUUUUAUUAUUUGACUAUUUAAAAAAUCGAAUUGGCCAUGGUGGCCAGUAAAAUCAUCUAAUGGUUAAACAAAUUCAAUUUGAAGGUGUGGCUUCACUGUAAAACAGUUUUGAAUUGUUUUUUUUUUUUAAUUUUUUGACACUGGGAAAUGAGAAAGAACUUUGAAAAAAUUAUUGAUUUUCUCGACGUCCUUGGUUAACAUUCUUCCGGGUUCUUUAUGUAUCUAAUGAUGAAAACUUUGAGCAGGGCCGAAAACUUUGGAAAAAAUUUUAAUUUCUGCAGGAGUUUUUUUCCAACAACGAAGAAUUUGGAAGAUAAUAUUGUCUCAGACAAAAACCUCAAAAUUAGUACAAGAAAUAUAUUUUAUUGUUUCCCUUUUACAAUAUUUAAUAUUAUUUAUUAUCAAAAAUAUCAACUUUUUUCACAAAAUUUGUCCUAAAAUAUUUGUUCAAAAAAAAUUACAACAGACGCAUAAAAAUCCUUUUGUGAAUCCUAAACAUUCCUUUAAAUGUUUUCUUUCUUUCCCAUUUUUAGUCCAAUCUAGUCACUAAAAGAAAGUCGAAUAAUCUCUGUAAUUUUAAGUGCUUGAUUUUUUCGUGCAAUUUUUUCUUUCCUUUUUAUGCGCACACUUCAAGUGUCAACCUCUCCCCCCACUCCCUGAAAUGCUCUAUUUAUUUAUUUUGAAAUCCUAUUUAUAUUAGUAAAAAAAAAACCUAUUUAUAUUCCCAAAGGCAUGAUAUUUUGGAACGCAAAACAAACUAUAUUUAUCAAAAGAAAAAAAUAAUAAUUCCCCACAUCCACCAUAGAAUGCUCCUAACAAAAAAAAGAGUUGCAAAAAUCCUCUUUAAAGCAUUAAAAAGAAAAAAAAUCAUGAAUUAAUGGAAAAAAGAACCCUAAUAAAAUGCCACAUUUGUGAUUGAAGAAAGAUUGUUUUGCAAAUUAUUCAGUCUUCUUGGCCGCUUGACGCCUCUUGUUGGCCAGAAAGAUAAUCCAGAAGAAUCCAAUGAGGUUGGCCGUGAAGACACGCAGAAUUGGCGGCAGGAAUGUGAUGUUCAUGAAGGUAAAAAGGGACAAAUACUUCCAGUUUGCCUGAAGAAUGGGCCAGUAGAGUUUGUAGAGAUUUGCAAAGGCCACCUGAUGGUUAUUCCCCUCAAAGCGCGAGAGGAAGUACAGGGAGCACAGCUGAAAGACUGGCGUGAAGGUGAGACGUUCCAGUAGGAAUUGGUAGAAUUUGCGGAAUUUCACUUCAUCCGAGAAGAUUCGUUCGAUGAAGGCGUAAAAGUAGUGAGGAAUGGUCCCGCCAAAAAUUAAUC